CCACUCUCCCGCCGGAGUCGGAAGGAGCAGAGCUGAGGAGAGCAGAGCAGACACCCGCCCGCCGGCCCAGCGCCCACCGCGACAGGCCCGUCCCCGCAGCGCCGCUGAGGAGAAAUCGCCCGGCGGGAAACUCUCCUCCUUACCUCAGCUCACCUCGCCUUAGCUCGCCGCCCCUCUGCCGGGCAGCCCGACGCCGCGCCGCCCACAAGCCGACGACCGCAGCGGGAUGGCCCCCGUCAGCUUCGCCGUAGCCCUUCUCCUCGCCCUCCUCAGCUCGGAGGCGCAGGGCCAGGAGUGCAGCGGGCAGUGCCAGUGCGGAGCGGGGCCCGGCCCCACCUGCCCCGCCGGCGUCUCCCUGGUGCUCGACGGCUGCGGCUGCUGCCGCGUCUGCGCCAAGCAGCUGGGCGAGCUCUGCACCGAGCGCGACCCCUGCGACCAUCACAAGGGCCUCUUCUGCGACUUCGGCUCCCCCGCCAACCGCAGGAUCGGCGUCUGCACCGCUCGGGACGGCGCCCCGUGUGUCUUCGGCGGCAUGGUGUACCGGAGCGGCGAGUCCUUCCAGAGCAGCUGCAAGUACCAGUGCACCUGCCUGGACGGGGCGGUGGGCUGCGUGCCCCUCUGCAGCAUGGACGUCCGCCUGCCCAGCCCCGACUGCCCCUACCCGCGCCGGGUGAAGCUGCCCGGAAAGUGCUGCGAGGAGUGGGUCUGUGACGAGGCCAAAGAGCAGACCGCCGUGGGACCUGCUCUCGCUGCUUAUAGACUGGAAGAUACAUACGGUCCAGACCCAACAAUGAUGCGUGCCAACUGCCUGGUGCAGACCACCGAAUGGAGUGCGUGCUCCAAGACUUGUGGCAUGGGCAUCUCGACCAGGGUCACCAAUGACAAUGCCUUCUGCAGACUGGAGAAACAGAGUAGACUGUGCAUGGUCAGACCUUGCGAAGCAGACCUGGAGGAGAACAUCAAGAAAGGCAAAAAGUGCAUUCGCACCCCCAAAAUCUCCAAGCCCAUCAAGUUUGAACUGUCUGGCUGCACCAGCGUGAAGACCUACAGAGCUAAGUUCUGUGGUGUCUGCACUGACGGGCGCUGCUGCACACCCCACAGAACAGCCACCCUCCCCGUGGAGUUCAAGUGCCCUGAUGGGGAGAUCAUGAAAAGGAAAAUGAUGUUCAUCAAGACCUGCGCGUGCCACUACAACUGCCCUGGAGACAAUGACAUCUUUGAGUCUCUGUACUACAGAAAGAUGUAUGGAGACAUGGCAUAAAAGCCAGAAGGAGACGCUAACUAGAUUCUCAACUUGAACUGAUUUGCAUCUCAUUUUGUAAACAUGAUUCAAUAGCACAAGGUAUUUAAAUCAGUUUUUUUUUUAAUU